CAGCUUCAAGUCGCAAAACCUGCGACGCCGAUUCUCCGCAGCAACAACAAUUUCUAUAAUACCUGAAGUACAAGCACUAUCAGGCUCCGCGGCUCACGCCAUGUCUGUUGACUACCUCCUCCAUGAGAGCCCGGUUGGGUAUGCGGUAUUCAAGGUUAUCCACCAACCCGAUACGAUCGGCAACCGCCUCAAAGAGGUCCAAGCCGCUGUACAAGAUCUGGACAAGUUCGGAAAGACUGUAGAGCUUGUAGGACUGUCGCCCUUUCAAGGCACGCAAGAUGCGCUCCAAGAGAUUAAUGACAUCUCGGAAGGGAUCAUGUCGGACUUCCUCAGGGCCACUCUCGAAACCAACCUGCCAAAGGCCGGGAAGAAGAAGUCGAUCGUGCUUGGCGUUAGCGAAAAGAACCUGGCCGGAAGCAUUCGCGCCGCAUUCCCGAACUUGUCCUGCGAGACUGGCGAAACAAACCAAGUGGUUGCCGACCUCCUACGUGGACUCCGAAUGCACCGCGAAAAGCUAGUAAAGAAGGUCCAGCCGGGCGAUAUGGACCGGUCUAUUCUAGGCCUGGGACACGCAUACAGUCGCUCAAAGGUGAAGUUCAAUGUGAACAAGCAUGACAAUCACAUCAUCCAGGCAAUAGCCACACUGGACCAAUUGGAUAAGGAUGUCAAUCAGUUUUCCAUGCGGUUGCGGGAGAACUAUGGGUGGCAUUUUCCAGAGCUGUCGAGAAUUGUAUCAGACAAUGACCAAUACGCCAAAGCUGUCCUCAAAAUAGGCGACAAGGCUCGCCUGACAGAUGACGACCUUCACGACCUUGCCUCUGUCGUCAACGACGACGAGAGCGUAGCGAGUGCAAUUAUAAAAGCCGCUAGGACAUCGAUGGGUCGAGAUCUCUCAGAAGCCGAUAUGGAAAUCGUCAUGGCGUCUGCGAAGCGGACUGCCUCGCUCACCGCUUAUCGUAAGCAGCUGAGCAAUUAUCUUUCUCGAAGGAUGGGCACGGUGGCUCCCAACCUUGCGGCACUCAUUGGUGACACGGUGGGAGCUCGACUGAUUUCCAAAGCCGGCUCGUUAACAAACCUGUCGAAAUAUCCCGCCUCUACAGUCCAAAUUCUGGGUGCUGAGAAGGCCCUGUUCCGCGCGCUCAAGACCAAGGGCAAUACACCUAAAUAUGGCCUUAUCUAUCAUUCGUCAUUCAUCGGCAGGACUGGCACCAAGUCCAAAGGCAGGAUAUCGCGCUUCCUUGCCAACAAGUGCUCCAUUGCCUCCAGGAUAGACAACUUCUCCGAGACACCUACAUCGAAAUUUGGAGAAGCUUUGAAGCGCCAAGUUGAUGAGAGGAUAGAGUUCUACGCUUCCGGGGCGACUCCAGCAAAGAACUCGGCGGUGAUGCAGGCAGCUAUGGAGUCGGUGCUUGCAGACAUUGACGUCGAAGAUCCGACGGCUCGUGCCGCGGAAGACGUGGAGAUGGCCGAUGGCAUUACGGCGAAGGCUACGGAGCAGGCGAUCCGCAAGGAGAAGAAGAAGGAGAAGAAGGAGAAGAAGUCGAAGCACGCUGAAGCCGACGGCGAGGCAGCGGCCGAGAAGAAGUCUAAGAAGGACAAGAAGAGGAAGCAAGUUGAUGACGAUGGCGAGAUCAAGAAGAAGAAGAAAAAGAGCAAGGCGUAGGAACGGUGGUGAAAUCCCCUGGAUUGGCGUUAUCCGGCGGCCGUUGUCGGUGUUUGGUGUCAAAGGUCUGGCUGAGGCUUUCACAUGUGGGCACUCGUGGUCGAAUUUACGUUGUCGAAAUUUGCGGCCGGGAAAGUACAAAAUCUGCAACUAUACCUCUCACAACUUUCAAAGGUGUUCUUCCGUG